GCGCAGAUAACACGGGCAGGAAUUUGUAAACUUUGAACUGAAGAAAAACCGGUUUAUAGAUUUUCACAGACGCUCGUAAUGUCCCUUUAAAAAUUACCCAAAUGACUGUGUUUGUCAGAUCGGCCCAGUCACGGAUCUAUUUCCUGGAAGUGGGGUGGAGAAGAGUUACUCUUUACAAAUACUUUUCAGUAUAAGGUGCAGCCUUAUAACGAGAGAGGGGGAGAACGAGCGAACUUCUAAGAAAGUUUUCUAGUUAAACAGAAAAGAAAGCGAAACAGGAACAGAAAAAAAAAAAAAAAAAAAAAAUCAUGCCUUCAAACUGCAGAUCUGGCAUUAUGGUGUUUAUUUUCUUCGUUUUUUAUCUCACAUACCUCUUUGUGGGAGCUCUGAUUUUCUCCAGCAUCGAAAGGCCCGAGGAAAUUCGGUUGAAAGACGAGCUGAGGCUGUUGAAAAACAACUUUCUCAACCACAGCUGUGUAAACUCCACAUCGCUGGAAAAGUUUUUAGAGCAUGUUCUGAGUGCCAACAAGUACGGGGUGUCGGUUCUGAAGAACGCCUCCGUGAGCACGAACUGGGACUUCGCCUCUUCUGUCUUCUUCGCAAGCACUUUGAUAACGACUGUAGGCUAUGGUCACACCACUCCCCUGUCGGACGGCGGGAAGGCUUUCUCCAUAGUCUUCGCUCUGCUGGGAGUGCCCUUCACCAUGCUUGUACUGACGGCCAGUGUGCAGCGGCUUAUGCACCUUUUCACCUACUGGCCCAUGGGGGUGUGCCAGCUGAGGACUGGCUGGUCCAGCAAGACGGUUGGCACGGUCCACUUUGUGCUGCUGCUCGUGCUGGUGGUGGUCUGCUUCUUCAUGGUGCCGGCCGCCAUCUUUAGCGCCAUCGAGCAGACGUGGACCUUCCUGGACUCCUUCUACUUCUGCUUCAUCUCACUCUGCACUAUCGGCCUGGGGGACUACGUGCCAGGGGAGCAGGCUGGACAGACACUGCGCCCACUCUACAAGAUCACUGUCAUGGUGUAUCUGUUUGUAGGGCUGAUGGCGAUGCUUCUGGUCCUGCGCUCCUUGCACAAGGCGGCCGAUCUCCACGGACUCACCAGCCUCUUCCAUCUGCCCAAGUGCGAUGAGGAGGAGGAGGAAGAGGACCAGGAGCCCAUCAUCGACUCCCUGGAAUCGAGCGAGCCAGACCGGGCAGGGUUGGAUCACAAGCAGCUGACAGCAGACACCCAGCCCUCUUAUAAUUCCAUCAACCGAUAACAGCAAGCCCAGACAGGGAGGGACAGCACCCCGUCAACAGCUCUGUACUCGCACGCAGGCUGCUGACCUCAGUCACUGAGAGAUUAUUUACAGCAGUGUCUGUUCCACUCCAAUCAGCUCUUCUAACUAAGCACGGAGAGAUCUGAGCAUACAGCUACAGUGGCCAGAUUUAGUUUUUUUUUUUUUUUUUUUUUUUAAUUUAGAGGCGUAUUUUUAAUAGUAAAACUGAUUUUUUUUUAACAAAUAAUUUUUAGUAUGUACAGGGAGCUCACAGGCUCCCUAAAGCUGGUAAACUCUCCUUGCACAUUUUUUUUGGGUGGUUGUACAAGCCUGCUGAAAAGGGUUGUGAACGACAGGUGUGCACCCAGCUUUAGUUCAAACAAAUGUAUAAUUUCUUACUUUUAGCUGCAGUGCUUACAAAGGUUCUACGAAAUUCUUCUGUCAGGACACUGGACUCUGACUGGCUAUCGUAUUAUUAUUAAUAAAACAAUGAAUAAUCCUCUCCCAUCACCGAAACCCUAAAGUCAGUAUCCUAUACUGCAGCC